AGAGACAUGUUCAUGGACAUCUUCCACGCCGAGGAGUCUCUCGGAGAGUGUGUUAGCCGAGGAAUACCACCGUUUACAAGCAAAAAACAUAGACAUGUUGGAUUUUUAAGGCGCAAGCGCUAGCUAAGCGGCUAUAUAAAACACUCGCGCGCGCGGACUGUGUGACGUGUAAGAAUCUAAAAUGUGUCCACAUAAACUGUACAAUACGACGAAUGUCAUUAUUAACGCGCCAAAUGCCGUCGAGCAUUUAGACAGCGACCGCUUUCGCAAAGUAUCUUUACGUCGAAUCGGCUGCCAUUAUUGCCUUCUCCUACGCUGGUGAAGCACACUGCUGAUAUCCUUCCGCAUUUCCCCCCUUUUGGGGUGGGGGGUGGUGGUGGACAAAAACACCACCAUUUGAGUUAUAAUCCACAAUUAAAAAUUCCAUUAGAACAUAUACAAACGUGUCGUGUAUGUGUACUUUGUGUUUAGUGUUUUUUUGUGAGGUUUGGAGGGCUAACCCGUGUCAUGGGGACUAGACUCGGCGCCGAGCGGAGGAGCACGUUAAGCAGAGCCGGGCCUGUUUUCUAUGGUGUUGAAUGGAGGCAGUCUCUUCCUGGUGGAUAAACAGUGACAGCUACAGGGCAGCCACCGACACCCAGCGGCCCGGCUCCGGCGCUGCUGCCCGCCUCGCCGAACCACGCCAACAAACAUGGCUUCAGACAGUCCCCACAUCGCGCAGUUGACUUCUGAGCUCUACUUCCUAAUCGCCCGCUUUCUGGAGGCAGGGCCGUGCCAAAAAGCAGCCCAGACGCUGAUAAGAGAGGUGGAAGAUCAGGAGCUGCUGCCCAAAAGGCUGGACUGGACCGGGCAGGACCACCCAGGAACAUAUGACAAUUUGGUGAAGCUGUACCGGCACAUCAGUCCCGACCACCUGCUGCAGGUGUGCUCCAGAGUGUGUCCUCUCCUAGAGCGGGAUGUCCCGGCCAGUGUUCCGGGACUCACCAGCCUGCUUGGGGCAGGACGGCAGAAUCUCCUCCGCACCAACAAGAGUUGCAAGCAUGUGGUGUGGAAGGGUUCAGCACUGGCGGCACUUCACUGUGGGCGACCACCAGAGCCUCCCAUCAUCUACGGGAGCCCACCUAACAUCGUGGAGACGAGUCACGGCCGUCGACUGAACGGCUCGUACCGCCUGCAGCAGUUGGUGCCCACCGCCGUCUACCAGCACAUGAAAAUGCACAAGAGGAUCCUGGGGCACCUGUCCUCCGUCUACUGCGUCACUUUCGACAGGACGGGACGCCGCAUAUUCACUGGCUCCGAUGACUGCCUGGUGAAGAUCUGGGGGACGGAUGAUGGGCGUCUGCUGGCGACGCUUCGGGGCCAUGCCGCCGAGAUCUCCGACAUGGCGGUGAGCUACGAGAACACGAUGAUCGCUGCCGGCUCCUGUGACAAGACCAUCAGGGUGUGGUGCUUGCAAACAUGUGCGCCUUUGGCUGUUCUGGAGGGCCAUGCGGCGUCCAUCACCUCGCUGCAGUUUUCUCCUCUGUGUAGCGGCUCCAAGCGCUACCUGUCCUCCACGGGCGCUGAUGGUACCAUCUGUUUCUGGCAGUGGGAUGCACGCACACUCAAGUUUGGCCAGAGGCCUAGUAAGUUCACAGAGCGUUCAAGACCUGGCGUCCAGAUGAUGUGCUCAUCCUUUAGUGCAGGUGGGAUGUUCCUUGCCACAGGAAGCACGGAUCACAUUAUCAGGGUGUACUACUUUGGUUCAGGGCAACCUGAGAAGAUCUCAGAGCUAGAGUCCCAUACUGACAAAGUUGACAGCAUCCAGUUUUCACACUGCAGCGACCGCUUUGUGAGUGGCAGCAGGGAUGGCACAGCGCGGAUCUGGCAGCUGCAGCCGCAGGGCUGGAGGAGCAUUCUGCUGGACAUGCAGACCAAAUUGCCAGGGAAGUACAACCCACCUCCGUUGGAGGACAAGGUGACCAAGCUGAAGGUCACCAUGGUGGCGUGGGAUCGCCACGACGGCACGGUGAUAACGGCGGCCAACAAUCUGACCCUGAAAGUGUGGAAUUCCAUCAGUGGAAACCUCGUCCACGUCUUGAUGGGUCACGAGGACGAGGUGUUUGUCCUGGAGCCACACCCCUUUGAUCCCAGGAUCCUUUUCUCAGCGGGGCAUGACGGGAAUUGCAUCGUGUGGGACCUGGCCAGAGGAGUCAAGAUCCGCUCAUACUUCAACAUGAUCGAGGGUCAAGGGCACGGGGCGUUGUUUGACUGCAAGUGUAGUCCGGACGGCCAACACUUUGCCGCCACCGAUUCCCACGGUCACCUGCUCAUCUUUGGCUUUGGCUCCAGUAGCAAGUACGACAAGAUUGCUGACCAGAUGUUCUUCCACACCGACUACCGGCCGCUGAUCCGCGAUGCCAACAACUACGUACUGGACGAGCAGACUCAGCAGGCGCCUCACCUCAUGCCCCCUCCCUUCUUGGUGGAUGUGGACGGGAACCCCCACCCGCCCAGAUAUCAGCGGCUGGUGCCUGGCAGGGAGGGCUGCAGGGACGAGCAGCUCAUACCACAGAUGGGCGUCACCUCCUCAGGUCUGAACCAAGUGGUCAGCGAGCAGGCGGUGGACGGUCCCAGUCCUCUGGACACCAUGAUCCAAAGACUGCAGCAGGAACAGGACCAAAGACUGGGCUCCAAUGAGAUUCCUGCUGCUCCUGCUGCCGCGACUGCAAGCACCCGAAUCAGCAGAGGGUCGGUGGGUUCUCCAACAGAAGUCCACUCCCCGCCCAACGUGGGUCUCCGUCGCAGCGGGCAGAUUGAGGGCGUCCGUCAGAUGCACAGCAAUGCCCCCCGCAGCCAGAUGGCCACUGAGGGAGACCUGGUGGCCUGGAGCCGUCGGGUGCUGGUGCCCGAGCUGGAGGGCGCCUCCGUCAGGAGACAGGUCAACUGGCGAGAGGCUAAAGGGGAGGAAGAGAUCAAUAUUUACCAGUCAGAGCGCCGGAGACGCACCAUCCACUCUCUCCCCAAGGAAAGCAGAGUUCAGCCCACAUCAGAGUGCGUAGCUGAUGAAGGGAGGCGGAGUCAGGGUAACCACGGUUACCAAACCCGAGCUGCCAUGGAAGAGACGAGCCGCCAGAGUGCCGAGGCUGCUGAUGACGAUGAGAGCGCCUCUGAGGGCGAAGUUGCGGAGGUGCGACAGGUAAAUGGACACUCAUCAGAGGAAGAGAAGGAGAAGGACGAGGAGGAAAAAGAGCCGUGGCCGGAUGAUCACAGUAGUUCAAGCGACUACUCCAGCGAUUACUCAGAUUGGACGGCUGAUGCCGGCAUCAACCUUGAGCCACCCAAGAAGAGCGUAAAAGUGAAGAAGAAGAGUAGCAGCUCUGAAGAGGACGGCGACAAGAAGAGGGACCCCAAGAAGGAACGCAAGAAAGACAAAGCCGACAAGGACGGUGCCUCACCAAAGAAGAAGAAGCCAAAGGAGAAGAUGAAGAGGGCGGAGCUUCAGGAGCAGGGACUGACCCUGGAGGAGUGGCUUCCCUCUUCCUGGAUCACGGACUUACUCCCCCGCAGGUGUCCUUAUAUUCCCCAGAUGGGAGACGAGCUGUACUACUUCCGGCAAGGCCACGAGGCCUAUGUGGAGAUGGCCAAACAGAAAAAGAUUUACAGCAUCAACCCUAAGAAGCAACCCUGGCACAAGAUGGAGCUGCGGGAGCAAGAGCUGAUGAAGAUUGUGGGUAUAAAGUACGAGGUAGGCUUGCCCACACUUUGCUGCCUCAAGCUUGCCUUCCUUGACCCGGACACCGGGAAACUUACCGGAGGAUCCUUCUCCAUGAAGUACCACGACAUGCCGGACGUCAUCGACUUCCUGGUGUUGCGGCAGCAAUUUGACAACGCCCGGAAGAGGCUGUGGAGUAUAGGUGACAGGUUUCGCUCGGUGAUCGACGACGCCUGGUGGUUUGGGACCAUCGAGAGUCAAGAGCCGUACCAAUCACAGUACCCUGACAGCCUGUUUCUCUGCUACAAUGUCUGCUGGGAUAACGGAGACACAGAGAAGAUGAGUCCGUGGGACAUGGAGCUCAUCCCUGAUGAAGGUGUUUUCCUGUCACACCCUCCCACCUUAGCCUCCUUUCCAGACGAGUUGGGCACGAGUGUCCCGCUCACGGAGGAAGAGCAUCGGGAGCUCCUGUACGUGCCGCUGGAUGGUGAGUGGGGCUGCCGCACGCGCGUGGAGGAGUGCGAGCGCGUCAUCAAAGCCAUCGACCAGCUCUGCACCCUGGACAUUGCAGCGCCAUUUGCUUUUCCCGUCGACCUGCAAGCUUACCCCACGUACUGCACGGUGGUGGCUUACGUCACUGACCUCAGCACCAUACGCCAAAGGCUGGUCAACUGCUUCUACAGACGAGUGUCAUCUCUGAUGUGGGAGGUCCGUUACAUCGAGCACAAUGCCCAGACGUUUAAUGAGCCGGGGUCGUUCAUCGUCACCACAGCCAAGUUUGUCUCUGAUCUCAUGCUGCAGUUCAUUAAGGACCAAAGUGUGAUGGACCUCAUGCCUCUCUACAAAAGCAUGAAGAAGGCCACCUUCUCCGACUCUGAGGACGAGGAUGAGGAGGAGGAGGAUGACGACACUAACACACCUGGAACCUCGGCACAAAACCACCAGGGGCGGCGGCCCAUGCGACGCCAGCUGCGUACCCGACCUCACUCGUAUGACCCUCAAGCGUGGCGAGGGCGCUGCAAGGAGCUUCUGGACCUCAUCUUUCAGUGCGAAGACUCUGAACCCUUCAGAGAACCUGUGGACCUGCAGGAAUACCCGGAUUACCUCCAAAUUGUGGACUCCCCCAUGGACUUUGGCACGGUCCUCAACACGCUGGUUGAAGGAAAGUACCAGUCACCUAUCGAGCUCUGCAAAGACGUCCGCCUUAUUUUCAGCAACUCCAAAGCGUACACACCUAGUAAGAAGUCACGGAUCUACAGCAUGAGUCUGAGGCUCUCCGCGCUCUUUGAGGAGCACGUGAGCUCCAUCUUGGCCGACUACAGGGCCAUCCAUGGCCUGUCGGACAAACUGACCCGACGGGCUGCCGAGCACCAGGCCCGACACGCCAGCGACCGCCCCACUCGACACAACGUGAAGAGGCGGCGCUGCAGCGAGUCUCCCGGCAGCAGCACAGCAUCGAGCCCAGAGAGGAAGAGGCGUGUCUCGUCCCGCGUGAUGAGCCGCCGGGAGCCGUCGCCGCCGCCGCCUCCCUCACGGCCGCCCUCCCUAAGACAAAACCUCUCCGUAAAACAUUCGCCUCAGCUAGUCAACGGCAAGACGGACACGCCGGCCAUGGGGCGCACGCGCAGCGCUGCACGCCACUUUGCACACUCGUCGCCGGCGUCAUCGCACAACGCCACGGGCCAGACAGCGAGCGCAGCAGAGUCAACACGCUCACUACGGACUCACAACUCGGUCUCCACCUCCUCGCCGCCAGCUGCUGAGAGAACGACGCCUACUACUGUGGCCGUGGACGGCGCCGUUGGGGGAAGCACCCGGCGGAAACUGAGGACGCCUGUGAGGCGCCUGUCAGCCUCUCCUGAAAGCCCCCCCUCCCAGGGUACAGCCCACUUGAACGGCCACAGUCGCCACACGAGUGCCGGCAUUGGAAGGAGAAGCCGUAAAUCCGGAACGGAGCCGCCAGAGAGUCCUCCAGCGAGCCCAUCCAGGCCACGAGGUCGCCCCCCAAGCAAGAAGAAAGGCAGGAAGAGCAAGGCGGAGCCUGACGAUGGAGACAAGAGCGUCCACUACACAAGCUCCACCCCUGACGACGAGCUGGGCCAAUCUACGGGUGACGAAGGCGGAGCGUCCUCAGCACAGGAGACGUCCGUUCUGUCAGACUCUGGCACCGCCUCCACUCCCAGGAGGCGUGGCCGCCCGCGAGUGGUCAGGACUGAAGAGGUGUCUCCGCCUCCUCCUCCACCUCCACCGCCUCCUCCUCCUCCUCCUCCGCCAGAGGAGUCUCCCGAGCCUUCAUUGAGGAGGAGCAGCAGGCGAGCGCACGAUGAUGUCACGUCUCCUCCUCGGACGCAAAGAGGCACUCGGAGGGAGGAAGCAGCGGCAGACGGGGAGGAUGACGAUGGGGAAGGGGCAGCAGGCUCCAUGCGCACACGCAACCAGGGGCGACGCUCCACCUGGUACAUGGAGGAGGACUCUGAGGAGGAGCAGAGGCAGCUGCUCUUUGAGGACUCCUCCAUCACUUUUGGGACCUCCUCCAAGGGGCGUGUCCGCAAGCUGACCGAGAAGGCAAAGGCCAACCUGAUUGGCUGGUAGCGCUUGUUAGCCCAGCUGCUGCUAAUCCUCUCCCCCUACUACUCCCCCUCAUAUAUUGGUCCAUGUUGGACCCCCAUCCUCCCCCCAAAAAAAACACACCGCCCCCCUGCCCAUCAGACCUUAACCACCUUUGGGGUGCAACCCCGGUGAUUCUAGAAAGACGCCAGGAGAACUCCUUUUAUGGAACUUUUCUUUGUGGGCGGAGUCAAAGAAGCCCACUUCAGCUGAGAGCCUUGGCCCCUCCUCCCUCAUUUUUAUACCACCCCCACCCCCGUUUCCCUUUUCUAACAUUUGUAUGUGACGCUCAUCCUGCCCAUGGAAGUCUUAAGUGUGCGUGUGUGUGUGUGUGCGUGCGCGCGCGCAUGUGGCAUCACUGUCCAAUGAAUAACAUGGAGCUUUUUUUUUUCCCGCUUUUUCCCCACUUGUCAUGAUUUAAAACCAAAAAAAUAUGUUUUUUUUUUGGACAGCAAUGAUACACCAUGAAUGUGUGUGUGUGUGCGCGUGUCUGUGUGUGUGCUAAAACACCAAAUGGUGUAAAAAUGCUGGUACUCGUGCUCUGAAGGAUUUUACUGAUGGUGUGUGUGUGAGCGAGCAUAUGCGCAUGUGCGCAUUAGCAAUACCUUGUGCCUUUUAUGUUGUGUGUGUGUCAUACAAAGUUGUGUAUUUAUGAGCAGUGUUGUGUUAUUCGGAAUCAGUGCUAUCAGGAUGCACGUACAGCUUCUUUCUUUGAAUGCUGUGUGUUUAACCUGGGAUGGACUUUAAAACAAUUGUUUUUCUUUUUAAACCUUGCUUCUCUCGUGAACUCCGCACGCACGCACGCACACACACACACACACACACACACACACACACACACACGGAACUUUUAAAGCAAAGUGUGUAAUUAGCGUGACGUGGGUGCAUUUGUAUUUGUGUGUGGAUGCGAUGGUCCAUCUGAUGUGUGCUGCUUCCUUGUGGUGUAAAUGAUGGAUGUUCUGUGCGGGUUCUAAUUUCCUUUCACGAUGAACCCACUGAUGUUGUUCUGGCCAGUGUCACGCGGGUGUCACAGCAACACGGUGGAACCUCCAAGGCUGUUCAGUUAGUCUGUUCCAGGGUUAAAUGAUGGCAAUCUUAGAACCUGUACUGGAAGUAGGCCUGUCCCGAACAAUCGAACAAUUAAAACAAACAAACAAAAGCAGGUCGAUAAUUAUGACACCCUGGAUAAAGUGACAUGUGCAUGUAUGCAUGUGUGUUUCAUCUGCUCGUUUCUCUGUGCCACACAGGCUGGAUGACAAGAUGGUUCACUCUUCAUCUGUCUGUGCGCAUCGGUUCUAUAAUGGAAUGAACGGAGAGAGUGAACCCUCUUGUCAGCCAUUCAGCCUCUUUGUGGAGGCGGGGCUACUGGUGAGUGGAGUGCUAGCAUCAAAUUAGCCUCGUGAGAACGCAUAUGCUAACAUGAAUGAAGGCACAGAAGCGAACGCAGAUAGAAACCUCUUGACAUUCCGAUUAUAAUAGUUUAUUGCAUUUGAUACGAUGCACUCCCAUUUUUAUGUCAUAUAAAUAAUGCAAAAAUUGUUGAUUAUCGACAAUAAUUUGUAGGACAAUUAUCUACCAGCAAAAUGUGUUAUGAUGACAGGUGUUUUAUGCCAUAUAAUUAAUGAAAAAAUGGGCCUGUAUGAUACAGGCAUCUUCUGUGUCAAGCUAAUGUGGCUCACACAAGGUACAUGAAAAUUAUUUAAAUUAUCACAAACACCAUUGCCGAUGUUAUCAAUUAUCGAUGAUAAUUCGUAGCAUCGACCAGCAAAAUUUGUUAUCGUGACAGGCCUAACAGGCAGUGUUGUUUUUUGUCUCGCAGGCUUAAAAAGAAGUGAAAUGCUGUUUAGUAAACGAUGCAUAAGAAACGUGGAAGCUGAGGAAAGGGAGUUUUGCUGAAGGCAACGUCAUGUAUCGUGUUUUUUUGUUUACAUUUUUGCAAGUUUAAAAAGGAGUGAACCACUUUAUAGUCAAACUUCCAAAUGUUGCACUUGAUGAGUUCGUCACAUCUUCUGCUGUGUACUACUUCACCACCAUUUCCUGUUGCCAAAGAAAAAGCAAAACAACAAAAGUCUCUCACCAUGAUGAGCAGUAAGUCCAAAUUGUGUGACUUUUUACGGGUGUUUGGACUUUGAAGGUUCCACUGUGUGUUCGACAAGACAUGCUGCAAAUCCGACCUUUCAGUUUUGAUGUCAUGCGUGUUUCAAGUCUCUUUCAUUUCUUUCCAAUCUCAGUCACAUGUUAACAGUUUUAGGAAAUGAAAUGCGAACGGCUGCAGUGCCGUUCCUGACAAACUGACAUGAUCGCAAAGGGGCCUUAAAGGGAUACUGCUAUGUUUGUCGAUAUCACCCUCAAUGGUCUGCGUCUGCACGUGUGUGUGUGUGUGUGUGUGUGUGUGUGGGUGGGUGUGUGUGAGCGCGAGCGCGUGCGUGCGUUAGCAUUUCCAGUUCUAAGAGUGGGGUGGCGUUGUGAAGGUAGGGGGGCCUUUCUGUUUUCCACAUUUUAAAGAGAACUUAAUUGUUAGUUUGGAUACUUUUUUAUAAAUGUACAAUAUAUAUACACAGUAUGAAGAGAAGAUGAAAGGAAGCCUACCAGGUAGAAUGUACGUACAUACACGUGUAGGCAAAGUACUGCUGUCCUGUUAGUUCAUACCAAUAUUUCGAAGGAAUA